UUCAGCGCCUGCAUCCAGAGCAUCUUUCCUGGGGACAUAUUAUUACUAGACUGACAGUCCUUAAGUCAAGCAUGCAGUGAGAGUGUUCAGGGAUGGAAGAAGCGAGUCUGUGCCUUGGAGUGUCCUCGACGGCACCGGAAGCUGAGCCUCACCUGAGCGGCCCUGUCCUAAAUGGCCAGUAUGCCAUGAGCCAGAAGUUACACCAGAUCACUUCCCAGCUCAGCCAUGCCUUUCCUGAGUUGCACCCACGGCCCAACCCAGAGGAGAAGCCACCUGCAGGCCUUGAGGAGAAGGCCCACGUACCCAUGAGCGGGCAGUCCAUGGGCAACCAAAUGGCAUUGCUGGCCAACCAGCUGGGCCGUGAUGUGGACAAUAGCCUCAAUGGGCGCGUGGACCUGCAGCAGUUCCUCAACGGGCAGAACCUAGGAAUCAUGUCCCAGAUGAGUGACAUUGAGGAUGAUGCCCGAAAGAACCGGAAGUAUCCAUGUCCUCUGUGUGGCAAGCGUUUCCGGUUCAACAGUAUUCUCUCCCUGCACAUGCGCACUCACACCGGUGAGAAGCCAUUCAAGUGCCCCUACUGCGACCACCGGGCGGCCCAAAAAGGAAAUCUUAAGAUCCACCUGCGGACCCACAAGCUGGGCAACUUGGGGAAGGGGCGUGGGCGGGUGCGUGAGGAGAACCGUCUGCUGCACGAGCUGGAGGAGAGGGCCAUCCUGCGGGACAAGCAGAUGAAGGGCAGCCUGCUGCAGCCGAGGUCUGAUCUCAAGCCCUUGGCACAUGCCCAGCAGGCCCCGUUGGCCACCUGCAACUUGGCCAUGCCCCCCAACCACAGCGUGCCCGACAUAGCCCACCCGGCACCUUCCCCCAAGCCGGCCAAUCUGCAGGAGGAUUCCGUGACCCCGGCGGCGGGCUUCCGAUGCACCUUUUGCAAAGGCAAGUUCAAGAAGCGCGAGGAGUUGGACCGCCACAUCCGCAUUUUGCAUAAGCCCUACAAGUGCACGCUGUGCGACUUCGCGGCCUCGCAGGAGGAGGAGCUCAUCAGCCACGUGGAGAAGGCACACAUCACCGCCGAGUCGGCCCAGGGCCAGGGCCCCAACGGCGGGGGAGAGCAGUCAGCAAACGAGUUCCGCUGCGAGGUGUGCGGCCAAGUGUUCAGCCAGGCCUGGUUCCUGAAAGGCCACAUGCGCAAGCACAAAGACUCCUUCGAGCACUGCUGCCAGAUCUGUGGCCGGCGCUUCAAAGAGCCCUGGUUCCUGAAGAAUCACAUGAAGGUCCACCUCAACAAGCUGUCGGUGAAGAACAAGUCCCCCACCGAGCCUGAGGUGUCGGUGCCCAUGGGCGGCCUGUCCCAGGAGGCCCAUGCCAAUCUGUACUCUAGGUACCUCUCCUGCCUGCAGAGUGGCUUUAUGGCCCCGGACAAACCCAGCCUGAGUGAGCCCACCCAGCUCUAUGGCAAGGGGGAGCUCCCAGCCAAGGAGAAGGAGGUUCUGGGAAAACUACUGUCGCCCAUCUCCAGUAUGGCUCACAGUGUCCCCGAGGGGGACAAGCACUCCCUCCUGGGCUGCCUCAAUCUCGUGCCACCACUGAAAUCCAGCUGCAUCGAGAGGUUGCAGGCGGCUGCCAAAGCUGCAGAAAUGGACCCCGUGAAUAGCUAUCAAGCCUGGCAGCUCAUGGCCAGGGGCAUGGCCAUGGAACAUGGCUUCUUAGCUAAAGAGCAUCAGCUCACGCGCAACCACGAAGACCCUUUGGCAAACGCCGGAGUUCUGUUUGAUAAGGAGAAGCGAGAGUACGUGUUAGUGGGAGCAGAUGGCUCCAAGCAGAAAAUGCCUGCUGAUUUGGUUCACAGCACUAAAGUGGGCAAUCAGAGAGACCUGCCAAAUAAGCUCGACCCUCUAGAAGGCAGUCGGGAAUUUUUGUCACAUGGGCUCAACCAGACGCUCGAAUACAACCUGCAGGGUCCCGGGAACAUGAAGGAGAAGCCUACCGAGUGCCCGGACUGUGGACGGGUGUUCCGAACCUACCACCAAGUAGUCGUGCAUUCUCGCGUUCAUAAGCGGGACCGCAAGAGUGACGAGGAUGCUCUGCACGUGGGUGUGGGCCUGGAGGAGCGGCGAGGCUCAGGCAGCGACCAGGAAUCCCAGUCAGUGAGCCGCUCCACCACACCUGGCUCCUCUAAUGUGACUGAGGAGAGUGGGCCCGGAGGUGGCCUGUCACAGACCGGGAGCGCCCAGGAGGACAGUCCGCACCCCUCUUCACCAUCUUCCUCAGACAUCGGCGAGGAGGCCGGGAGAGCCGCUGGCGUCCAGCAGCAGGCGCUGCUUCGGGACAGAAACCUGGGCUCGGCCAUGAAGGACUGCCCGUACUGUGGGAAGACUUUCCGGACUUCCCAUCACCUCAAGGUCCACCUGAGGAUACACACAGGUGAGAAACCCUACAAGUGUCCUCACUGUGACUAUGCUGGCACCCAGUCGGCAUCCCUGAAGUACCACCUAGAGCGACACCAUAGGGAGCGGCAGAACGGGGCCGGGCCACUGUCAGGACAGCCCCCGAACCAAGAGCACAAGGACGAGACCUCCAGCAGAGCGCCUGUGUUUAUCAGGCCAGACAUCCUGCGGGGGGCUUUUAAGGGUCUCCCUGGAAUCGACUUCAGAGGUGGCCCUGCCUCUCAGCAGUGGACAUCAGGCAUGCUCUCCUCUGGAGAUCACUCAGGGCAGGCCACUGCCAUGUCCUCAGAGCUGUCUUCAGAUGCCCUAAAAGGCUCUGACCUUCCUUCCAAAAGCUCCCACUUCUCAGAGAUCGGAAGGGCAUAUCAAAAUAUCGUGAGCAAUGGUGUGAACUUCCAAGGGUCCCUGCAAGCAUUCAUGGACAGCUUUGUCCUCAGCUCUUUGAAGAAAAAGGACACAAAGGACAAAGUCCCAUCUGAUGCCCAUUCCGUGAAAGCCCACACUUCGGACGGUGGAGAGGAGAAAGCCAGCGGGAAGACCUCCCAGCGAAAGUCUGAGAAAUCUCAGUACGAGCCUCUGGACUUGUCUGUGCGGCCAGAUGCCACCGCUCUGCCCGGCUCCUCCGUGACCAUGCAAGACAGCAUUGCGUGGCACGGCUGCUUGUUCUGCGCUUUCACCACAUCGUCCAUGGAGCUCAUGGCCCUUCACCUCCAGGCCAACCACCUAGGCAAAGCAAAACGCAAAGAUCACCCCACAGGGGUAACAGCCAACUGCAAAGAACAGGUGCGAGAGGCCAGCAAAGUCUCUGCCCUGCCCUCCAUACAAUCAAACAAAGAGAUGGCCCUUUCUAGCACUGUCAGCGCUCUAGACUCUGCCCCUGAGAAGAUGGCCCAAGGACCGGCCAAAGAGACUCUAGGGGACCAGAAGACUGGUCAGUGGCCCAAUCACAUGGACCCUGCCUUUUGUACCUUUCCGUCUGACUUCUACAAACAGUUUGGCGCUUACCCCACUAUCAUUGGCUCAGGGCACCCUGGCUCCGGCCCCAACAAGAAUCCCGACGGGAAAACCCUCCCGGAAGAUGACGCCCCUAUUCUGAUACCGGAAACCACCAAUAAAAACACUACUGACGACCUCUCAGAUAUCGCCUCCUCGGAGGACAUGGACUCCUCUAAGGGAGAAAACAACGAGGACGAGGAGAUUGACACCGAACCAGAAAUGAUGAGCAAGCCACUAUCUGCUCUCAGCAAGGAUGGCAGCAAUGAGGGCAGUGACAGCCUGCUGCCUCCGGGCGCCCCCCAGCCCAUCCAGGGACUGGUCUCACCCUUAGCCCAAGCAUCAGAGGAACAGUGGCACAGCCCAGGCCUCCUUCCUGCCCAGGACCCCUCGGCGGGGCUGCCAAAGCCGGAGCGGGGUCCCCCAGGCUUGGAGAAACCUAUGAGCAUGCUGUCGGUCCUCAGGGCCUACAGCGCCGAUGGCUUAGCAGCCUUUAACGGGCUUGCAAGCAGCACAGCAAAUUCUGGAUGUAUCAAGAGGCCAGACUUGUGUGGUAAGUGACACCCCAUGUCCUAGUCGAUCUGUCUGGACUUCCCCUUGUCUGUUCGUGCUCCUUCGUGGUUUAUCUGCAGCUUGUUAACCGUGCAAAGUCAACAGAAGAAUGUACGCACAUACAUGUUUUGAGUAAAUAAUUCCAACUGGCACAGGUAUGUGUGCACGCACAGCACACCAGCCUGCAGUCUGCGUAGAGUCAGGGAGGUUGAAAAUGUCGCCCCCACCCAGAUGUUUCCCUGAUAGUAAUGGAUGCAAAUGCUUAGCAACCUGAGUGAGAAAGGAGAUUCACAGGUCCCAACUGACAGUUGGGGGGGGGGGGAAGGCGAGUUCCUGGAUCAAUGAAAACCUGGCUGGAGCAAGUGCUCGUGUCGGACCAGCAAACCUGGGCUCACAGGGCUGGGCCCCAUGAUAGUCUCGUCAGCAUUCCUUUCUUGUGUCUGAUUGUCAUGUAUUUUGUAACACUUUAGAAGAAUACAGAAAAGUGCAGUAAUUACCUUUCUCCAUAGUAUUUAAGCAGAAAUAUUGCUAGUUUAAUAUUGUGUCAGGUUGUCGUAUAAACCAGGAACAGGUGACAGUAAAGGCCCAUCGAACAGCACUCUGACAUUCACAACUUAAAAACGGCGAUCGGAGCGAAAUGUGUAAACGUGUACCGGGUUAUCCUGUGCUUUGGAAUAGACUGUUGUUGAAAUAAUUAGACGAUAUAUUAAGGUGUUCCUGGUAAUGAAGGCAUGUAAGUUAUCAUAAUUGUAGUUUUCUGCAUAAGUGUCAAACUCUAUCUUUCCGUGUGCUGUAUGCUGAGUUACAAGUUAGGUCAUUUAUGAAUGGAAUGUAAAACAAUACUAAAAAUGCUUCAAUAAGUUAUCUUGGUAUUGCUAAUAAAAAAAAA